AUGUUGUUCCAAUCAUCUCCUUUGAAUACAGCGAGACAAUCGAGUACGGGCGAACAGGCGGGAGCAGAUCGCAGCUCCCCCAUCCGAACGCUUUCGAAUACGGACGAUGGGCAGACAACGCCGCGAGCUAGCAGACAGCCAGUAGCAGAUUCUUCUCCAAUUCGGUAUAUGUCCAGCUCUAGCCCAACCCGUGCCACCACUCGUCAAAGCCGUACAGCGGAUAUUCCCACAAGUAGCAGUGGUCUUUUUAUCCGUUCAUCGCAAACGAAUGGGCUUUCAGACUCUGCCACCCGACGAAGCGGGUUCAACUCUGGUGCUUUUGGAUCUGCUUCCCGACGUCGAACAUUUGUUGAUGAAAAUGGCAUGCCGGUUACAAAUAGCGAUCCUCGGUCAGAGGCAACCUUUUCGAAUGUACGCCCAGAUACAUCCGAAGCAGACGCUCUUGGUGGAAACUCUACGCGUAUUAUCUGGGGGACAAAUAUCUCUAUUCAAGAUGCCAUGUCAUCGUUCAAAAGCUUCUUAUACAAUUACACCCGAAAGUAUCGUAUGUGGGCGGAUGGUGCUACGGAAGAAGAAACUCGGGCAAUGGGUGGGGUAGCGGAUGAAAAAGAAUACAUUUUAAUACUAAACGAUAUGCGGCAACUGGGCGUUACUGGGCUUAAUCUGGAUAUACGAAACCUGAAAGCAUACCCACCAACUCUUAAGUUGUGGCACCAGGUGCAAGCCUAUCCCCAAGAAAUUGUUCCGAUUAUGGACCAGUGCGUCAAAGAUGUAAUGGUGGAUUUAGUGACCAAAGAAAUGAACAUGGUCCGGUCCCAGCAGGCCAACCAGAGGCGACAAACGCGGGCCAGAGAACCGAAUUCUAAUGCCGAAUCUGAAGUGGAGAAUGGUGUAGGAAGAGGCGUGCUAAUAGAUAUGCCGGAUCUUCUUGCGGAAGUACAAACUAAAAUAUUUAAAGUACUACCUUUUGGAAUGGACCAGCCGGUUAACAUGAGAGACUUGGAUCCAGGAGAUAUGGAUAAGCUCAUCAGUGUUAAAGGCCUCGUUAUCCGUGCCACCCCAGUUAUUCCAGACAUGAAAGAAGCAUUUUUCCGGUGUGAUGUUUGCCAACACAGUGUCAAAGUCGAUAUCGACCGGGGAAAGAUUUCUGAGCCAACCAAAUGCCCACGGCAAAUUUGUGAUUCUCAAAACUCUAUGCAAUUGAUUCAUAAUCGUUGCAUAUUUGCAGACAAGCAGAUAAUAAAACUUCAAGAGACCCCUGACUCAGUUCCUGAUGGUCAGACACCGCAUUCAGUAUCUCUGUGUACGUAUGAUGAAUUGGUAGACGUCUGCAAAGCAGGUGAUCGAGUUGAAGUGACUGGAAUAUUUCGUUGCAACCCAGUCAGGGUAAACCCUCGACAACGCACGACAAAAUCUCUGUUCAAAACCUAUGUGGAUGUUUUGCACAUACAAAAGGUUGAUCGUAAAAAGCUUGGAAUUGAUGCUUCAACCGUUGAACAAGAACUAUCUGAGCAAAUUGCAGGCGAAGUUGAACAAGUUAGAAAAAUUUCCCAGGAGGAACAAGAAAAAAUCAAAGCUACGGCUGCUAGGCCCGAUAUUUACGAACUUCUUUCAAGGUCUCUCGCCCCAAGCAUAUACGAGAUGGACGACGUGAAAAAGGGGAUACUGCUCCAGCUUUUUGGCGGAACGAACAAAACCUUCGAAAAAGGAGGAAGCCCAAGAUACCGAGGGGAUAUUAAUGUUCUUCUAUGUGGCGACCCGUCAACAUCAAAAUCUCAAUUGCUACAAUACGUGCAUAAAAUUGCACCAAGGGGCAUUUACACUAGCGGUAAAGGCUCGUCGGCUGUUGGCCUAACAGCCUACAUCACCCGGGACCCAGAAUCAAGGCAGCUGGUACUUGAAUCUGGGGCGCUUGUGCUUUCAGACGGUGGAGUAUGCUGCAUUGACGAGUUUGACAAGAUGAACGAUUCCACGAGGUCUGUAUUACAUGAGGUUAUGGAGCAGCAGACCGUUUCUAUAGCCAAGGCAGGGAUUAUUACAACUCUGAACGCGAGAACUAGUAUCCUUGCAUCCGCCAACCCGAUUGGUAGCAAGUACAAUCCAAAUUUACCAGUUCCCCAGAAUAUCGACUUGCCUCCAACUCUUCUUUCCCGGUUUGAUCUGGUGUACUUGGUGCUGGAUCGAAUUGAUGAACAAAAUGAUCGCCGACUCGCAAAACAUUUGGUUGGCAUGUACCUGGAAGAUACCCCUGAAAAUGCUAGCAACGAAGAAAUAUUGCCCGUUGAAUUUCUCACCAGCUACAUUACAUACGCCAAAACAAACAUAUUCCCCAAGCUCACCCCCGCAGCAGGAGAGGCGCUUACCAAUGCCUAUGUCGAAAUGCGUAAGCUCGGUGAUGAUAUUCGGUCUGCCGAGCGCCGAAUUACUGCUACGACUCGCCAAUUAGAGUCCAUGAUUCGCCUCUCAGAGGCCCACGCACGCAUGCGGUUGUCUGAAGAAGUCACUGCUGCAGACGUCGAAGAAUCUGUGCGAUUAAUCCGAUCUGCUCUGAAACAAGCAGCCACAGAUCAGCGAACCGGUCUGAUUGAUAUGAGCCUCUUGACUGAGGGCACUACUGCAAUUGACCGGCGAAACAAGGAGAGAAUGAAGAAGGAAAUCUUAGCGUUAGUGGAGGAGCUUGGAGGGCGUGGUCCUUCAGGCAUUAGAUGGGCGGAGGUGUUCAGGAAAUUUUCCGACCAGAGUAAUGUUGAGGUGACGGCGGCUGAGUUCACAGAUGCUGUGCGCUCGUUAGAGUCGGAGGGACUCGUAAACAUUGUUGGUGAAGGCGCCAGAAGAAGUAUCCGGCGCGUCCUCGGGGCCCUAUAA